AUGGAAACUCCAAGGCUCCAAAUGGAUAUUCACAAAGCCAACUCCUGGCUGUACUGCAAGCUUGGAAUCCAUACGCUGGGGCUCGUCCUUCGGUCCGGCAUCAGUAUCACCAGCCCCGAUCCCAAAGCCGAUCUGUACCUGCAGACUCCGUUGCAUGAGCACCAAGAUGGGACUAUCAAAGUUAUCGUGGCUGGACUACCUCGUACGGGGACAAUCAGCAUGAAAAAGGCACUCGAGGAAUUAGGCUAUGGUCCAUGCUUUCACCUCGCCGAGCCACUCUGUCAGUUCGAAAAUCUUCGGCAGAGUGCCGAUAUCAUGAAGACCACGGACACGGCUCUCCGCCGUCGCAAGCUCGCCAGGCUUUUGCAGGGCUGUGAGGUUACCUUGGAAGUACCCGGAAGUGCCUGCCUACCUGAUCUACUCGAAAUGUACCCUGAUGCUAAAGUCAUUCUGACCGAACGCACGUCGGCUGCUGUAUGGCUGCGUUCGUGGCGUGGUUUCGGGAUUGACCUGCGAUCUGACUGCUGGCGCUGGGUCGGGUACUGGGUUCCCGGCGUAGUGGCAGCUAACGAUCUCUACCGUGGAUGGAUGGAGAUUUCAGGAAAGCGAUUUGGAGUCAAUCCCGAGCCGUCAGAGGAGCUCUAUCAUGCCCACAGUGCAUGGGUGAAAAGGAUCGUUCCGCAGGAAAGGUUGCUCGUCUUCAAGUGCCAGGAUGGAUGGGAUCCUCUCUGUGGGUUCCUUGGGAGACAGAGGCCAAACCCUUUCCCUCACGGCAAUGAAGCUAGCUACUUGCGGUACUACAAGCGUGUUGCGAUGGUUCUGGGAGUGUUUUUGUGGAUUCUUGUUGCUCUGAUCGCGUUCGCUUUACUAUUUGUGAUGUCUGUGAUUGAGUAG